AGCAACGCAUCGUUAGUAGCAAGCUGUUACUCUGGGUACAAUAUGUCUGGUAAUUCAACAAUUACAUGUUUGCCCGACGGAACGUGGUCAACGCCGCCGACAUGCAAUGUUAUACGCUGUCAAACACCACCCAGUGUAGAUGGCAACAGCACUUUUAUUAACUGGACUGGAGAGGUGAACAGCAACGCAACUUUAGAAGCCAGCUGUUACCCUGGGUACAAUAUGUCUGGUAAUGCAACAAUGAAAUGCCUGCCCAGCGGAACGUGGUCAACAUCGCCGUCAUGCAAUGUUAUACAAUGCGAAGUACCUGCAUUCACGAAUGGGAAUGUACAACCUCCUCCACCUGUCUACGCGAACAAAUCUGUCACAUUUACCUGUAAAUCCGGCUUCAAACUAAUAGGAAACAGUACCUCAAAGUGCAACUAUAAUGGAUCAUUUGAUCAUGUGCCAAUAUGUCAGCUGAUGAAUGCCAGUUAUGGUGCCAAAUGUGAAGCGAGUAUACAGUGCGUUACAAAGAAUGCAACUUGCAAUACAAAUAUAUGUGUUUGUCCUGAAUCACAUGACUUUUAUCUCAAAAGUAACGAUUCCUGUGUAACAAGACUUUCACUCGGCAAUAACUUCACAUGGGCAUUCCUUCAAGAAAAAAAUGACUCUGUUGGUAUACUUGGUGUUCACACACCGAACGCUAGAUACAAAUAUGCUUUUUACGUGGAACUUCGAAAAAAUGAAACAAUUAUUGACAUUGCAUAUUUCAACAUAACUUCGAGUGGCAAUGCGACUAUAACUUUUAGAAAUGUUUCAUCAGGCGAGCGCUACAUGCUGCACGUUUUUCUCUCCGACGGAGGAAUUCCUAGUAUGGAAUACAAAAACAUCAGUGUGGUUACACUACCAAACUGCAACAAGAACUGGUUGUUACAAAAAGUUACAACUGAAUCAUUUACAUUUGUCCAAUCGGCUGUUUUGGAUGGUUUUGAAUAUUAUGUAUUUGACAUACCUGAUGUGGAAUCGUUCAACAUUACUGAUAAAGUGUGCAACAAAUCGAGUACCUGUGCAUUUCUAAAAUCUCUCGUGAAUUUGAACGUCACUGGUCUUACAUCUGGGUUGCCAUAUACUAUUUUAAUUCAAACUGCAAUUGCGAAAGGGGAUGACACAGCUUACUCGCUCAGUGGUGUUGUUUGCCAAACGUUCAACAAUUACACUGUACCUGAACUGCCCAACGGUCUCGAAAUUCCAACUGCAAACAUAGGCACGAACAGUUUCGUAAUACAGUUUGCAAAUGAAACGCCAACUAACUUCGUUUCAUGGCAAGUGGAUGUUUACAAUGACAGUUCUGAAGAACUAGUGACUUCCAAGACUGAAUUUAAAAACUCUUCAAAUGUUAUGACUAUAAGCGAUAAAAUAGAACCUGCCACAAAGUAUAUUGUACAUGUGAUUGCAGUUGUGCCAUACCAGAUAAGCCUUUCUAAAAACUUCACUUUUUACACAAGACCCACCAACGCAUCACCAGCAGAACUCGGUCAUGUAUCAACAAAUAGUAUUACACUAGUUUUCAACCGAACACUUCACUCUGUAAGAUACACACAUAUUACUGUUCGUGUUAAAAACUCAACUGUCCGGUUCAAGGGUGCGUGCGAUAGUUUGAAUGUUAACAGUAUGAAUUGCACGUUCAAAACACCAAUUAACGAUACAGCAAUGGAAUUAUCAAGUCUUUCACCAGGAACACUUUAUAACAUAUCAAUAUUCACUUCCAUCGGUGAUAUGGAGAACAUUUUUCCACAAGUCAUUCAAUCAUAUACGGAACCAAACAGUUUACAGUCUGAAAACAUCGAUAUAAAGAACCUAUCAGAAAGCUCAAUCAGUGUAAUUUGGACUCGGCCCGGGCAUGUCAGUGGGUACAACGUCACGUUUAGAUGCAUAAGCCCAAACGAGAAUUCAACAAUAGCCCCUGUGCUUCAAACAACGGUAGAUAAAGAAGAGGCAUCUGUAAAUGGCCUUGAUCCAGGAUCAUUUUGUAAUGUGUCUGUUCAAACUUUUUUAAAUAAUGGCAUAUAUCGAAUCUUAUACGGCAGUGUGACACAAAAACAUUUGCAGAACAGCAGUCAUGAAACAGCACCCAGAGAGGUUCGAGGCCACAAUAUUUCUAGUAUAGGAUCAAGAGCAGCUGUUAUUAACUGGCUUACGCCCAGCAUCAAAAACGGAGUUAUUCGCAACUAUAUCACGUGGAUUGUCGCAUCUAACAAUACAUGUUUAGAGGCAAUGGUAUGGACUUGCUCGGACUGUAGCAAAAGCGAUGCUACUUUUAACAUUAACACUUCAGACAUUUCCCAAUGUUCCGACGUCGCAAAUAAUACAUUCGUUACAUCGAAGCAGGAGUUUAAUUGGUCCCUAACAACGUUGCAUCCAUACAGAAAUUACACCGCCUAUAUAGCUGCAUAUACAGUAACAUUAGGAACGAACGCUCACUUGCAAAUAAUUACUCUUGAAGACAUUCCUGGAAAACCGGUGAAUUUGCAUAAUUUGACGGCAUCUGCUGCUUCUCUUAAACUGAAAUGGUCACCUCCAAGCGAGCAGAAUGGAGUGGUAAAGAACUACACGGUGAUGUACACCUUUUAUAAUAGAAUUUGCAGCGAAACAGGCGCCAUCAACAUAUCCACUAUAAUUACAAAUAGCAGCGAGGUGAUGUUUACAGAUAUUUUUCCAUUUUGGUGGUAUAAUAUAUCAGUGAAAGCAACUAACAAAAUAGGCACAGGGAAUUAUACAGAUGUCCUUCAGAUUCAAACCAACGAAUCAAAUCCAGAUGUUGUAAAUACCGCGAGCAGCUUUUCUGUGUAUGCACGCAACGCCACAAUGAAUUGGACUGAUCCUUGUUUUAAAAACGGAAUACUGAAACGAUUCUAUGUGGAGCUGCUGAAUUCAUCAAGUGCAUAUUUUAUGAAUGAAACCUGGGCUUCUACUUUCGAAACGAAAGCUUCCACACACGAACUACUCCUAAUGGAGUUGCUUCCUUUUAGAAAUUAUUCUGUACGUGUAAAGGCGGCUAACAACGCUGGAAACGGGACAUAUAACGUCUCCCACAUAUUCAUGACGAAUAUCGAUGUUCCAAUGGCACCUAGCGAUCUACGACAAGGCAGUACUAAUUCAUCUUACGUAAGGAUUAACUGGAACAAAACGAUGCAUUACACUGGUCCGACAAAGUAUAUCAUCAACGUCACUGACGACAAUGAUAAUGUACCAUUUACGAGUUUUGUCACACACGAAGGAUGGUGGAUCGAUCAGUUAGCUACACAUGUCGAACUUUUCGACCUAGAUGCUUUCUGGAAAUACUCCAUAGCUGUCACUGCGGAGACAUCGUAUCAAAAGCAGGGACCUCUACGAAGUGAAUCAACUAAAGUCAUCGUUCAGACGGCUGAAAGCGUUCCGGGAAGACUCCAUAAGCUAAGCGCCGUAUCCGAGCUAGACGUUACGAAACCACCAAUGUUGUACGUGAAUUGGCUGGCUCCCAUAGAAAGAGAUCGUAACGGCAUAAUUGUUGGAUAUGAAAUAUAUUGUUCAAAUAGAAACCGCAAGUUUGGUGUUAGCGCGUCCACUCUGAGUCACAAUAUUACGAUGUACAUCGACAACAAAUCAAAUGUGACCGUUGAGGUUCGCGCCGCAACGAGUGUUGGAUACGGAGAGCCGUUCACCGUGACGGUCGAAGUUAAACCAGGAGCGCCGGAAGUUCCUCCCGAAACCCCGUCAAAUCCUUUGACGAAAAUAGCUCAAAUUCCGGUUGCUGAUGACAAAAAGAUGAUAGCUGUACAACUUUCAAAGUCAUUCUUGUGUAAUAAUAAAACUGGUGCACCUGUUCAGUGGGGAGUAAUAGUUGCACAGGAAAGUAAAGCAACUGAUCUCUCUUUCGUUGGGAGUCACGGCGAGUACCAAACCAGAAAAAAUAUCAUGUACAAGAAGUGGUCCGAGGUUAAGGACAUGGAUGACAUUCCACCAUAUUUGGCAACUGGUCCUCAUUGGAGCCCUUCUUGUAUAAAAGUAGGAAACAAACGCCGACGACGAGCUGCUGUUGAAGAAAUAGAACCGUUUAACUUCAUCAUUGGCAGUGAGGAUUGUUCGAAUAAUCAAGAGUACUGCAAUGGGCCACUUCAGCCAGGAAGAUCAUACAGAGUGAAGUCAUUUGCGUGCACUUCCUCCGGAUGCACAGAAACACUGUAUUCACAGCCCAUUAAAACAGCUCCUGACCUAACGGCAGCUAUUAUCGGCGGUGUUGUGACAGCGGUUGUAGUCAUGAUCGUUGCAGGAGUUGUUAUUUUCUACAUGAAACGGACAAAGCGAUUUAUUUUAUUUUCAACAAUGAUACGAUUGAUUCUUAAAUACAGACCGUGUCCAGUAAACUUAUCGGAGUUCCCCGCCUACGUUGAAAACAUGCACAAAGACAGUAAUCUUUUAUUCGCGGACGCUUACAAGCUUCUGAAAGAAAAGAGUCCAUCUUAUCCUGUGACGGCCGCCAAUUCCGAGAAUAGUCGGCCAAAGAACCGUUACACCAACAUCAUGCCUUAUGAUCGGUCAAGAGUGAAACUUCGUCCACUAGACGACGUGGAAGGUUCAGAUUUUAUCAAUGCCAACUAUAUUCCCGGAUACACCUCUCGACGAGAAUACAUAGCAACCCAGGGUCCGAUGCAGAUGACGUUUGAUGAUUUCUGGCGCAUGAUAUGGGAACAAAAUGUGGACACAAUCGUCAUGCUGACAAGACUCGUAGAAAAGGGACGGAGAAAAUGUGACCAGUAUUGGCCGAACCUGAACGAUCCGGUCUUCUAUGGUGAUCUUAUUGUCUCAAUCCAGUCCGAGUCCAACCUUUCCGACUACACGCUACGGAUUUUUGAAGUUAGAUUUAAAAAAGAAUGCCGCACUGUAAAACACUUUUGGUACUUGAAAUGGCCCGAUAUGGGAUGCCCAGAUGACCCAAAGAUGCUUCUAGAUUUUGUGAAGACUGUCCGAGAACACAAAGUUAAGCCUGGAAAUGAUAAUGCAACUGUUGUGCAUUGCAGUGCUGGGGUUGGACGGACCGGAACCUAUAUUGCCGUUGACCAUCUUCUGCAACACAUUCGUGACCAUGACGACGUAGAUAUUUAUCAACUAGUUCUGGACAUGAGGGAACACCGGUGCAACAUGGUACAGACUGAGGACCAGUAUGUAUACAUCCACGAAUGUCUGAAAGCGUUCAUAACAACAGACGACGAGACCGAGGACGAGGAAGAGGUGGAACCUCUUUACCAGAACACAAAAUUUGGUGGUGACAGUAUCUAUGAAAACACGGCAUUUCAGCAAGACUAGUGUGACAUAUGGGACAUAACUCUGUCAAACAGACGCACGCAUAUUUGAUAAACCCAAUUUAGCUAGAUAUCUUGCUUCUCGUGGCGUAUAUAAGGCACAUAUGAGAUAUUUAUUUAGUUGAUCAUGCUUUCUGUUGUAUGAAUGCUGUAAUGUGAUAAUUGCAUUUCGAAACGUUGAAUUGAUCAAACUAUUUGCAUAUGGGUAUUUCACCUUCGAAAGUAAGAUCAUAUGAAAUAUAUGUAUAUAUGUAUGUUUCGAUUAUAAGAAUGUUAAGUGUAAUCAAAUAUUAAACUUUGGUAACUAUUUAAGAGCUAAAAUUGAAACUGAACUGAACUAAACAAAUCAAAUGUUUGAAUGAAUAUUAUAACAACCACAUUAUAUUAUAUAUGCAAAGUAAAAAAAAAACACUUUGAUUAUGAGUAUUAUUUAAAUACUUUUAUAAAAAUAUAUUCAAACGCGGUAUUUGUUAUGCAUUAUCUUGGGCGACUAUGUAUUGUUCAAUAUAUAAACAUUCAAUAUAACCUGAAUAGUUAUCGAGGAAGAUAACAAUAACAAAAUAAUUGUAAACAUAAUUUAGUAAGUGAAAAGGAACAUACUGGUCAUGAGUGAUAACAAAACAUUAAGACACUAUUCAUUUCAACAAGUGUAUAUGUUCCUAUUACUAUCUUUAUUGUAUAUAAUUAUUUGCCUGUUUUCGUUGAUGACAGUUAAACUACCUUGAUAACGCAAUUGAGUUUCCGAUUCGAAACAAAAAUUGGGUGAAAUUUAUAAAAUAUAUCUUUUAAUGAAUAUGAUAUAUAAUGUUUUUGCAGGUGCAUAUAUGUUUUAUCAGUUCUCUAUUGUACCCAAAUGUAAUUGAACAUAGAUGCUUAUUUUGUGUUAAAUAUUCGCUUUUGUUUACCCCUCCCCCCAAUACUUUAGACAUAAAAACUCAUAUAUGGUGUUAUGGUAUACUAUUUCAUUGUUUGCUUGUAUAAAAACUGAUAUUGAUACAAACUUCUUACAUAGUUCUAAUUUUUAUAGAUUGUACUUUUUGAUUAUUAACUAUUGAUAUUGUUGUUUUAUUUAUCGAGCGGCAUAGUUUGCAAACACACCUAACCCUGAAUAUAAACUGUAAUCAAGAGUUCUUAAAGUUAAAUACAAAUAUAAACUGUGUGUUUACUUUUCCCACAAUUAACAAAACAUUGAUGUUUUAUGUUUCACGAGCAUGUAUGUUUAUAUAUAUUUUAUAUAUUAUGUUAUGGUUUGCUUAUUUUAAUUUUAUUUGUAUCUAUAUUAAAAUGUUAAGUCAUUACUUCCAAAUACUUUUGUUUCUAAACUAUAAUGUGGAUGAAAAGCCUAUUAUAUACAAAACAUUUUUUUAUUUAUUGUUUUUCCUACGAUUAUUUUAUUUGACAAAUUGUUAAACAUACGUUCCUUUGUAUUCUUUCACAACUGACAAUAUCUGGUCAUUGCAAUGUAUGCUUGUUACCUCUGUUUCGUUUGAGUUUUAUAUAUUGAUGUAAAACGCUUCUUUAAUAUUACGGUUCAAACAACAAAGGUCCAAUAAUGGGAGCACACGAACGGGCGGAGGGCCGCGGUUGGCAGGGCUGGCGGCGGUAAAUAUACGUCUGCAACAUAUUUUUUUUUGUCCAGAAUUUCCAAAUAAUUUCCCAUAAGUGCUCAUCAUUUCGAGAGGGAGUGACUAUAACCAGGUCCCUAAGUCUCAAGUCUAGGUCAAUAUUGAAGGUCAAUUCUCUAAUUAAUGAAUUUCGUACUUGCUACUCUGUCCGGAGGAUACAUAUUCGUCCAUGAAUGUAUUUCUAUAUAAAUUCCCAUAAGUGAUUAGCAUGAUGAUAUGGAGUGUAGAAAGUACAUAAAGGUUAAAUGUUACAACACAGUAUUGGUCAACUUGAGAAAUUUGAUUUUGCAGUCCAUACAUGCAUAUUAAGUACCGCGUAUUUCCACCAAGUCGCUUUGUCAAAUGGCAAUGUCCGUUUUAUGCCCCCGGAUCGAAACAUCGGGGGUAUAUUGUUUUUGGCCUGUCUGUAUAUCUGUCUGUCUGUCAUUGUGUCAGUCAGUCAUUGUAUGAGUGUGUCACAAAACUUUAACCUUGGUUAUACUUUUAUAACUUCUGCAAUAUUAAAGAUAGCAACUUCAUUUUUGGCAUGCAUGUGUAUCUCAUGGAGCUGCACAUUUUGAGUGGUGAAAAGUCAAGGUCAAUGUCAUCCUUUAAUGUCAAAGGUUAAAUAUCAUUGCAUUUUUCGUUCCUUAAACUUUAACCUUCGUUAAAGUUUGGUCAUAACUUUUUUGAAUAUUGAAGAUAGCAACUUGAUAUUUGGCAUGCAUGUGUAUCUCAAGGAUCUGCACAUUUUGAGUGGCUAAAGGUCAAGGUCAUCGUUCAAGGUCAAAGGUCAAAUGUAUGGCUUCAAAGCGGCGCAAUAGGGGGCAUUGUGUUUCUGACAAACACAUCUCUUGUUUAAAGUAAUAGAAAUAAAUUUAGAGUGUUUAAAAUCUUAACAUGAUUGUUUUUGUAAUAACGCUCGUAUCUUUGUGACGAUGGUAUUAUUAUUGCUAUUUAUGAGAACAAAAAUGUCCUUAUAAAGAUUUAACAACAUUGUGUAUUGGAUACUGUUACACUGUAAGUGUAUACUGCGUCACAUGUUCUUUACUAGAGCUGCCUUUAUCACAAUUCUAGUUCAACACGUGUUUGUACUAUUACAAUGUAAGUGUAAAUUACGUCUCAUGUUGUACUUUAAAAGAGCUACCUUUAUCACCAUUGUAUUUCAACAUUGUGUUUUGAUACUAUUACACUGUCAGUAGCAUGAAUCAACAAGGGAGGCAACUCGUUACGUCACAUUUCGGGUAGUGAACAAAAAGUGGUUCUUUAUUACUUCGCUUUACAUGGGUCUUAAUAGCUUUUUAGAGCUCUUUUCUGGUUGGAUUUAACAGUCCGAAAUCACUCAAUUAAGAUAGUGAAAUCACUAAUUUGAUAGAACAUUCAAUAUCAUGCUGCAUGCAAGCUAUUUACAUCACAAAAUUGUAAACCAAACAGUUUACAGUAUUUGUUUUCGAGAUUAUAGACAGUGCUCCUGACUGAAAUCAAAGUGCUAUUUCUUGAUAAUCAUUUAUUUAUUGGUAUACACCAUGAAAGUGGUAGAAUAUUCACGGAAAACAUAAUAAUUCUGAUUAAAUUUUGUGUCUUUCAAGAUUGUCUGAUUCUCCGUUGUCUAACGGAAAUUGCAGAUCGUACAGAUAUAUUGACAGACAAAGGCCAAAGGAUUGAAUAGCCUUCAUAUUUCAAGUGUAUCGGCCUUGUAAUUGCCACUUAAUUAAACGAGAAGAAAAUCAUACAUUUAUCAACCAGUUAUAGUCAGAAACAUUAAAAUCUUUGGAUGCAGUCAUUUUGUUUUUCGGAAACCGCGACAUGCUCUGUUUCAGAAACCGACGAUCGGUAAUUUCCGUAACCAUUCGGAAAAUUUCCCCAGACAAGAUUGCGUUAAUUUUUUUAUGUUUUCCGCAAAUAUUCUACCACUUUCUUGUUGUAUUCCAAUAAGUAAAUGAUUUAAAAGUAAUAUUACUAUAAUUUUGGUCAGGAACUCUUUACAUAAUUCCUUAAAAAAGACGCCUCAAAUAUAACGCAUUAAAUAUUGGAAAACCCCCCACAUAUUUCAGUUUAUCCUUCUUUUUUCGCUAGCUUCAUAAAUUUUUAUAACUUCGACCACCCACUUAUUUUGAAAAUUAUGACACAAAUCUGAUGAAUCUUGAGUUAGUUCUUUGUAAUUAAGAAAUCAUAAAACAUAAUUUAUUUUUUGGUAAAUAAAAUGUUUUUGUAGUUUGAAAAAAAAAAACUUUGUUAAAGAUUUUGCUAAAGUUGCUACACAUGUCAAAUAAAAUACCAAUAAAUUUCAAAACAGUAACUUUAAAUCAGUACGUUUGUCUUAAUUAGUCUAAAACAAUAUUAAUUUAUUGAUUUCUUGAAAUAUAUAUUAAAAACAUAAAAUGUUUUCCUAGAAAAAUGAUGACAUAACAGAUUGAUUGGAAGAUAUUAAUUAAUCACGAAGUUGCUAGGGUGCCAUCCUAGAAUUGUCAUGUUAUUAAGGAAGUAGCUGAUGUGUCAAUUACUUUGCCUUUAUUUUGACAUGAAUUGUUUAAUUAAAUGUCUAACUUUUUUUGAAAAUGUUUUCAUUCAGUAUAAAAAGUCAAUGAACUCUGAAGAGUGACUGAAUAUACUGGAAAAUAGGCUAUAUGCUUAUUGAAAAAAAACCCCUACUUAAACAUCAUUAUCGAUGCAUUUUCUGAUCAAAAGUGUUAUUUAUAGUUUGUAAAGAAGAUAAUUUUCAAGAAUAAAAAUCAGAAUUAUAAAUGUUUUGUAGAAUUUGUGCAUUUUAUCCAGUAGUCUCAUAGUAACAUUUUUUUGUUAGAAAACCAAUAGCAUUAUUUUAAUGUUUGCAACCCCUUGUUCCGAAAACAUUCAUAAAAUAUAAUUUGCGGAAUAAUUUAUUAAAAAAAAACAAACAAAAAAUGCUUUCUGAAACCCUUAAUAUUAUUCCUGCAUUGAUUUGUCAUCAAUAACUUAUGUUUAAAAAAAUAAAUUGUUCAUGCUA